AUGGCGGACUUAUCAAGAUCUUCACUUAUAGAGCAGCUUCUACACCUCCGCAGUGAGGCUUCUCGCCCAGACUCUUCAUACCAACUCUCCGCUUUAUUAUCCUCACACAACGGUUCUUGGCCCAUCCGUCACUUAAUCUCAACAUUUCAGGACAUCUACAAGUCCAUUCCCGAAUCCCUCAAGGCCCAUAACAAUGAAUCAAUUAUCCACCUUCGUGCACAAGUCAAAGCAGCCACCCCCAGCGUUGCAGAAUUAAUAGGGACAGACUCCCGUGCCGGUCUCAUCGAUGCUAAUACCGGACGGCAUCUGACACAUAUUGCCAUCCGGCAGUUCUUGGAGAGUUUCCAGAUUCCCGUGGGACUCUCCCACCAUGGAAAGCCUCGCAUCGCUGUCAUCUUGCCUAACGGCCCUCUCAUGGCAAUUGCUGUUCUUGCUUUCGUCAACAGGUACACCAUUGUGCCUAUGACAACGAACACGGUGCCAGAGCAGCUGCAUACGGAUAUAGAAAACUCGCAAGCUGAUGCUGUUGUCGCGCUGGACGCUGACAUUGGCAAGCUCCAGCUGGAUAACGGUAGCCGGCCAGUGUUUGGUAUUGAGCAACUUGAAAACAUGACUUUCCAGGUGGUCUCUGCACACAAUGCUUCUAGUGCAUACGACCAUCCCCCCAAUUCUGGGGACGAUAUUGCCAUUAUCCUGUUUACCAGUGGUACCAGUGGUACUAAGAAGCUGGUUCCCAUCACAACUUACAACCUCAUAGCUGGUACCAUAGCUACCAUGGAGUCGGUGGAACUGUCCGAGACAGAUAUAUGUCUUAAUAUGAUGCCGCUGAACCAUGUUGGUGGUAUCAUGCGCAGUAUCUUCUCCCCCAUCCUCGCCGGCGGUGCUACAAUAUGUUGCCCCUCGUUUGACCCCAGCAUGUUCUGGGAUGCCGUGCAAACCCCUCAUAUGACACCAACUUGGUAUUACGCCACACCCACGAUGCACCAAAUGAUUCUUGCCGAAGCCGAGCACCGCCCCGAUGCUGUUGAGCAAAGCGCCAUCAAGUUUAUCUGCAACGCUGGUGGUGGUCUUCCUCCAACGCUUGCAGUGCAGCUUCAUGAUACUUUCCACUGCAUCGUCCUCCCCAGUUACGGCAUGACUGAAUGUAUGCCUAUUGCCGCGCCGCCAAGGGACUAUAAGCUUGAUCGCCAUGGAACAUCAGGAAAAAUUGUUGGUCCUGAGGUUGCAAUUCUCACUGAGAGUGGCAAGCCUGUCGCGCAAAAUGGGAUGCUCGGACACAUCUGCAUUCGUGGAUCACCCGCUUUCGAGGGUUAUCUGACCCCUGGAGGCAAGAUUGAUACCAGCGCCUUCAACGAAUCUGGCUGGUUUGAUACUGGUGAUCUUGGACACCUCGAUGAUGACAACUACCUGUACAUCACUGGUCGCAGCAAGGAAGUCAUCAACCGUGGCGGAGAAAUUAUUUCUCCCGUCGAAGUGGAAAAUGCCGUGCUGACCACGGCCAAGGAUCCCGAAUCCCCGCUGUAUGGUCGCGUUACUGAGACAUUGGCAUUUUCCGUCCCAGACGAAGUGUUACAGGAAGUCGUCGGUGUGGUUAUCGUCACACCUCCGGGCCUCACUAGGCCAGAUCUUCGCCAGAUACACGAAGCGCUGGGGCCUAUUAUCCAUCAGCCCAAGUGGCCCGCUCUGGUAGUAUACAUGGACGGUGUACCGAAGGCAAACAACAAGAUCCAGCGCAUCAAGCUCGCAGAGCGGUUGACCUUGGACACUUUGACGACCACUACGCCCCUGGCAAGCCGGCACUACGAAGCUGUCUGCCCACCCACUGGUGCUCCGCUCAGUGCAUUGAUCUCGAAGAAAUCGUGUGUCAUCGAUGAUAAAAUCAUCCGCUCAGUUCUUACCAAGAGAGCAAACACCCCCGACGUGCACGUGCAAAUAAACCCGCGCGACGGGCUCGCGCAGGUCGUUUUGUUUGUCGACAAUCCAAAUGAUGACCAUGUGACACCCGUCGAGCUUCACGAGCAUCUCGAUGGCUACCUCGUACCUAGCCGAAUCAUUCCCCUCAAAGGUCCCAUGCCUCUCGAUUUCUAUGGAAACCCCGACCAGGCCGCUAUCAAUGAGGCGAUCCACGCCCGCAACUCCGAUGGUGACCUGUCGCCCAUUCAGCGCCGCGUGCGUGAGAUCUUCGCUGUCGCCUUGUCUUGUGCACCGGAAGAAGUAUCUAGAAUUACAGACUUCUUUGCUGCUGGAGGUGACAGUCUCAGCGCUGGUCGUAUGGUUUCGCAACUUCGUCGUGAAUUCGGUAUUUUCCUAGCCGGCGACAUUCUCUUCCACCACAGCACUGUUGGAGAGAUAGAGCACAAGAUCACCGAAGCCGUUGAAGUGAAGGCUGCCAAGGGCGACGAAGGGGAAGUUGAAUUGCCCGGUUGCGAGAAGACAUACAGCAGCACGAACCCAAUCAUCUUGGUCUUGCAUCUGUUCCCGACUGUGUUCUUUUUCCCCAUGAAGCGGGCCUUCCAGUGGAUGAUGUUCGCAUACGUCGUAGCCGAGUGCUCAAAUCGAUUCCCCAUUCGUGAGAACCUCAUCGCUCGUUUGAUGCUGGUUGUUUUCGCCGUGAUGUCUGCUCGCUUAUGCUCACAAAUUGUGUCUCCCAUCUUUGCUAUCACCUUUAAGUGGCUCGUCAUCGGUCGCUACAAGGAGGGCAUGUCCCCCAUGUGGGGUCCGUACCAUACGCGCUGGUGGUUGACCCAGAAGGCAUUGCAGGUGUGUGGAAAAGGAGUCUUCAACAACUACAAUUGGUCCCGAAUUCUCUUCUACCGUUUGCUCGGCGCAAAGAUUGGAAAGAAUGUUACAAUGUCCGCAUCUGCUAAGCUUGGCGAGUAUGAUCUGAUUGAGAUCGGUGACAAUGUCGUUUUGGAUACAUGCGUGUGUCGCCCCUUCGCCGUGGAGCGCAACACCUCUAUGCUUUUGAAGCGCAUUCGCAUUGGCAAAGACUCGGCUGUGGGCAUCAAGUCUAUCGUCGCUGCUGGUGCCGACAUCCCCGAGAACACCUGCAUUGGUCCCAACUCGUCGAGCUGGGAACUCCAGGACGCCGAUGAGUCUAACCGCCAAUUGCUUACCUCACAGAUCCCUAAGCCUCACUGGCUCUGGAUUCUCUUGAUUGUUGAGCCAAUCAAGUUGAUCACCUGGACGGCUGCUCGUGUUACCUGGAUGGGUGGUCUUAUUCCUAUGGUUCUCGAGUUCCCUACCCCCGCGGCCGACAUGUUCCGGUCUACGCUGGACUGGUACACCAGUGAUCAGCGAAUUGCAUUCCACAUUACCGCAAGAAUCUGUCGUGCUGUUGGUGGACCGAUUGUGCUUUUCAUUGCGGUCUUGAUUAUCAAGUCCUUCCUCGAUCUCGUCUGUGGCAAGCCCAAGCCCGGUCCUGCCUCAAAACAGACCACUCGCCAAAAGAUUCGGAGUGCCGUUCUUGCCCAAAUUCUACCCGCAGGUGACAUCCACCAACUCACACGCCUUACUGGUCGUCACUACGAAUUUGUCUCGAUGGCUGUCCGAGCCCUUGGUGGCAAGGUUGGCAAGCAUGUCUACUGGCCCAGUGUUGGUCCCGUCACUGUCGACUUUGAUCUCAUUGAGGUUGGCAACGAUGUUGUCUUCGGAUCUCGCUCGACCUUGGUCACAUCCGAUGGUUACGGUCGUGACCGCAUCGUGAUUGGUGAUGGCACUAUGGUUGGUGAUCGUGUCGUCGCUUUGCCCGGUGCUACCAUCGGCCGUCAAGCCAUGAUCGGCUCCGGCGCUUUGCUUCGCCGUAAUGGUGACUAUCCUGCCAACACUGUCUGGACUGGUAGCAAGGGUGGUGAGGCUAUACAGUUCCCAAGUUCCACCUCGACUACCACAUCGACCGCUCCAACUAUCGUUGGAGAUGGUAGUAGCAGCCCCAACAGCAGCAGCAGCGACGACGAAAAAACACCCACCGAGAAGCAUAUCUACUAUGACAGUAAGGACAAGACCGUUACCGAGAUCGCCGAGCAGGAUGUAGAUACCUGCAAGCCUUUCGGUCGCGCCUUCUACCGCCACGAGGCCAGCUACUACGUCCUCCGCAUGUGGCAAAUUGUCAUCUAUUCUACAUUUGCAGUUAUUGUCACUACUGUCUAUUGGCUCCUGACUGUCUUGUUCUCCCUUUUCGCUCUCCGCGCUGUACUGAACUACAGUGAUGCCGCUGGUUUCAAGCAAGGUGCCUGGCGCCCAUUCGUCCUGUGGGGCACUCUUGCCUCGAUACUAUCUGUCAUCACCACCGCUCAAGUCGUCCUGGCCUUCGGCAUCAUUCUGUGCAUCAAAUGGACGGUCGUGGGCCGCCGAAAGGAAGGUGCCUACCACUGGGACAAGAGCAGCUACAACCAGCGCUGGCAAUUCCUCCUUUCCUGUGAGACGCUGAUCAAAGACUGCUAUGAUGGAGUUGGUCUCCUGCCCAUGAUCUCCGGCUCUGCCUACAUUUCCUGGUAUUACCGCCUCUUGGGCGCGGACAUUGGAAAUGACUGUGCGAUCCACGCCAACGGUGCGCCCAGCAUCUUCUUCACCGAGCCCGACCUCCUCACCCUUGGUGACCGUGUUGCUGUCGAUGAUGCCAGUUUGGUCUGCCACUUGAACUCGCGUGGUGGAUUCGAGCUACACACCUUGAAUGUUGGGGAUCGGAGUAUCCUGCGCGCUGGGUCGCGCUUGAUGUCCGGUGCUUCAAUGGGCCAGGAUGCUUGUCUUUUGGAGCACACUCUGGUCCUAUCAGGUGACCAUGUUGAGAAUGGAGAUACGCUCCAGGGAUGGCCCGCCGAAGGAUUCGAAGGGAAACGUGUUUAG